CACGUAACUAAUCGCAUGUGCCCUCCAAACGCGGCAGGGUCACGCUGGCGCGUCGCCGCCCUGCCGCGCGUCGCCACCUUGCUCCCGCCCGUUCCAGACUCUUCGCCACUCGCCACGACACCACCGAGCCGCCCCUAUAAGAUAAGCCACCGUCACAGACUCCCAUCAGCUCAAAGCGAAACAGAAGAAGCACUCACACAGAGAAAUCCAAACCACACUCGAUCGUCGCCAUUCUCUGCUGAUAUCACACCCAGGCUAGCAGCCAUGAUGGCUUCACGAGCCGCCACCGCGCUCCGCACGGCCGCCCUGCAGGGCUACUUCCGGAGGUCGGCCUCCACCGCGGCCGCGCACGCCGAGAGGCCCAAGGCCAAGCCCAUGGGCGACUACGUGCCGGUGUACGUGGCGCUGGGGAUGAUCGGCCUGGCGGGGGCGCUGGGGCUGCACACGGCGCGGCAGCAGCUGGCGCACGCGCCCAACGUCUGGGUCGACAAGCGCAAGCGCGAGGCGGUGCCCGAGGUGGCGGACCCGGACCUCGCCCUCGACGAGGCCGAGCGCUUCGUCGGCGGCUCCGUGUUCCGCAAGGUCGCCCACGUCCAGGACGACCGCUCCCUCACCGCCGGCGUCGCCGACCCCGUCGCCGACUACCCGGCGAGGAAGGCGGUGACGCUCAAGGACGUCGGCGUGGACCCGCCGGGGAUCCCCGAGCAGAGCAGGGAGGGCGUCCUCGACAGGAUCUUCAAGAAGAACACCGCUUAAUUUCGGAGAGGAGGGGCAGGCAGGACGCAUCAGCUUCAUUCCCUUUCUUGCGUUAACUAGCUAGCUUUGCGUUUCAAUAGUCAGAUCGGCUGCACUUUUUCUGGAAGCCGGUCGAUGUUUCGCGAACGUGACACGUGAUGGUGUUGUACAUAUGUAUCCAGUCAUCUCGAGAACUAUGGUUUGUUCAUGGACAAUAAAACUAUGCUUCUUCUUUA